CUGCUUCUGUACACACAAGCCUGAUUCGGGAUAAUAAAACCCAGCGACAAAGCGGGAAAUAACUUUUUCGUUAGGUGUGUAUUCCAUGUAACGAAUGCACAGAGAAAUAUGGCUAGCGUUACUAUUACUCCACCUUACACACCCCCGUAUUUGUUAGCUGAACACUCUACUUCAUCUUGUGGGUCCAGUGUUCCAUUAGAUCAUCCAGAUUUGGAUGCUGUACAGACAUUACUAUACAUGAGCUCUCAACAAUCGCAAAAUCUCCCUGAUUUUACUAAAACAAAAGAUGUACAGCAUCAUGUUGACCUUACUCCAGCCCCAUCAGAAGAUGAAAUGGAAGACAUCAGUUCAAGAGCUCUUGUCCAAGAAUCUGAAUUAGCUAGGCUAUUACUUACAAAUACACCUCCUCCUACUCCAGUUCCUCCAGUUACUGGCAUGCCAGUAUCUGUUAUUGUCAAAGCUCCUCCUAGUAAAUCAUCUGAGGAAAUUAGACAAUCAAAAACUCCUUCUCCAGCAGCUGAGGUCAUCCGUACUAGUCCGAGUGCAAGAGUGUUUGAACCUGCCAAAACUAUCAGAGACAAUCCUGUUCCAACUGUGUACACUAAAGUCACUCCAGUUGCAACUGUACUUCCUAUCAGAGCAGUAGAUAGUUUUUCAAACAGUACAAAUAUAUCACAAGCCACAAAGCCAAUAGCCAUUGCUCCCAAAAUCUCUACUCCUACUAUAAUCAUUCCAAGUGUGGCUAAUUUAAAUCAGUGUCAAACUACUGCACCCCAGACUCUCAUUCUAACUCAUGUACCACAGUCAUCAUCAACCAAUGUUUUAACUUCAUCAUCAUCAGCCACAUCUGUCAUGCAGCUGGUUGUCACAUCAUCUCCAUCAUUGGCUACUAAUGUUCUUUCGUGUUCCUUGAAAGAAAGACAGAGACUUAUUGCCCCAGCUUCACUGCUUUUAACUGCAUCAUCUCCCAAGUCUAAUGAUAAUCCUGUGGAUACUCGUAAAAGGUCUUACCAGUGUACUUAUAAAAACUGCAUGAAGACUUAUUUUAAAAGUUCUCAUUUGAAAGCUCAUUUCAGAACACAUACAGGUGAGAAACCAUUUGCUUGUACAUGGGAAAAUUGUAACAGGAGAUUUUCCCGAUCUGAUGAACUUUCACGCCAUAAGCGUACACAUACUGGUGAAAAAAAGUUUGUGUGCCCUGCAUGUAAUCGAAAAUUUAUGCGCAGUGAUCACCUUGCAAAACAUGUAAAACGACAUACAGCUGGACGAUUAUCAAAUACAAGGUACACAAAAGGCAUUAAAGAUAUUCGAGCUGACAUCUUACCAAGUCCUUGUUCUGUUCCUGUCGGAACUCCUCUUCUUCAAGUGAUCAUACCAUCUUCUCAUUGAUUUUAUACAACUCUUUCAUAUAAACUGUCAUAUUCAUUGAAUCCAUUAUAUUAAUUUAAACAUUCUGUAUAUAAUCCAAGUAUAUUGUUGUAAACCAGUGCAUUUCAAAUUUGUCAUUUUGUAGUUAUUUUUCAUUUCAAAGUUGUAAUUUAUUAAAAAUUACAGCAUUAACCAUACAUAUUUCAUUUACAUCAUUUUCUUAUAUUUUUUACUCAUUUUAACUAAUAAUCAAAUUUAAAAUGCAAUUCUCAAGUAGUCUAAUCAUUGUAUGCUGUUCUAUUUUCAAUUUAUUUAAUUUUCUAGUCAAAAUAAAUGUAAAAUCAGAUGAAUGUUUUACUAGGAAGAUAGCAUAACAUUCUGCAAUUUUUUUUAGUGAAAAAGAAAAAAUAUUAUUGUAAAAUAAAAAUCCUGCUAUAGUGCUAAAUUUUGAAUUAGAUAUAAUCAUUUAAAUAUUAUAUUAUAUCAUUUUUUUUAUCCUAUCAAAUGUAUAUAUUCAAGAGCAAAAGCAGGAAAAGAGAUGUUGCUUUUUUUAUAAUUAAUUUUUUAGUUAGUGAAUUAUGAUGAAUCUCUGAAAUUGCAUUGGUUUCAAUAUUGUAUAGAAGAAAUGCCUGUGAUAAUUAUCCUGAAAUUAAGUUGGGAAUAUACUCUUAACUCUGUAAUAUAUACUAUUAUCUUAUAGCUUUUCUUUACUAAUGUUACUAUAGGGCAAUUCUGAUGUUUAAAAUUUGAAGAUCAUGUAGUAUCCUAUUUUGUAUACUUUGUACAAAUGUAUUUCAUUAUUUUGAAUGUUUACUAAACAGUUAGAACACAAUUCAAUCAAAUUAAAGAAAAAAUAAGUACUUCAAAAGCUCUUUAUAAAUUCUAA